UGGCGGGGGGGGUUGCGAAAGCCCCAGGACUACAUAAAGCAUUCCCUGUCUGCCACUGCCAUCAACACUUGCCAUCAAGAGGCUACAGGAACGGCCACUGUCUGGACAGGAUGGCCCACAAGGAGAGAGCUCUGCCCUGGCUGCUGCUACUGGCACUGGCCUUGCUGGGCAGCAGCAUGGCGGAGCGGGACUGCCGAGUAAGCAGCUUCAAAGUCAAGGAGAACUUCGACAAGACCAGGUACAGUGGCACCUGGUAUGCCAUGGCAAAAAAAGAUCCUGAGGGGCUGUUUCUGCAGGACAACGUGGUAGCCCAGUUCACUGUAGAUGAGAAUGGACAAAUGAGUGCCACUGCAAAGGGCAGAGUCAGACUCUUUAAUAACUGGGAUGUCUGUGCUGACAUGAUUGGCUCUUUCACUGACACAGAGGAUCCUGCCAAGUUCAAGAUGAAGUACUGGGGUGUCGCCUCUUUUCUGCAGAAAGGAAAUGAUGAUCACUGGGUGGUGGACACAGAUUAUGAUACAUAUGCUCUUCACUACUCCUGCCGCCAGCUAAAUGAAGAUGGCACUUGUGCUGACAGCUAUUCCUUUGUGUUCUCCCGGGACCCCAAGGGAUUGCCUCCAGAGGCACAAAAAAUUAUCAGACAAAGGCAGAUAGACCUCUGCUUGGACAGAAAAUACAGAGUUAUCAUUCAUAACGGAUUUUGCUCUUAAGGAGAUCCAAACUAUGGAAAGAAACCAUGUAACAGCACCAUGGAUGUAAAGUUAACACACUAAUCUGGUGUUCUCUUGAAAACCUUUUAAACAGCUUCAUUUAGAUUUUGAGUAUAUUUAUCUGAGCUGUGUAGCUCACCUUGUUAACAAACCAAUGAAACAUUUUAAUAAAUUUGGGGAUUACAGGGGA